AGUUAGUCUUUUGUCCUUGCUUUUUAUUUAAAUAAAAUGAUUAGUCACCUUGUGGCAUUCUUCACAUCAACUUUUUCUAUUUAGAGUUUUUAGCUUUCCCUGAUACCUGAUUAAUUUUUAUUUUAUACAGUUUUUAUCCACGUUAUCUCUUUAUAAAAAAUGCCUCCAAAAGCCGAAAAAAAGAAAGUCGUGUUUACCGGGGUGGAAGGGGAUGCUCCCGAAGAGAAGACGGAACAGUAUACGUCUACAACAAACACGACGGAGACAACGAGAACGGUAACAGUAACGAGCGAAGAUACAGGCUCGUCAAAGAGAGUGGCCAAGGCGAAGAAGACCAAAGAGAAGAAGAAAAAAAGACAGAAGAGCAAGAUCAGCACGAGCACCAAGAGUACUAAGAGUACCAAGAGUUCGAAGAGCAAAUCCGGUAAAAUGGACAUCGUGACAAGCUCCUCCUUAGCAAGAAGAGAAAGCCGAAAAUUCAGUAGAGGCAGUAAACAUACGCUAUCUAUCGACAUGAGCUCAACCACCAGUGCUGAACAUGCAGUUGUUGAGCCCACUCCAUCUUCAUAUCUUGAACAAGUACUGAAAGAGAUGAAAGACUACCAGGUAUUCGAUCCUAAUCCUCUUAUGCAGAGCGUAAUAGAGGAAGCACACCAAAGGGCAGAAAGAGAAGCACGCGAAGCUGAAGAAGAAGAGCGACGAAGACAAGAAGAACUCGCCAGAGCAGAGGAAGAAGCUAAACUGAGAGCACUGCAGAAGCCAAAGAAGAAGAAAAAGAGGGAUAAGACACCUAAGAAGAAGAAGGAAAAGAAAGCGCCACCUACAAGGAUGAAGACGCCAGAAAUUAAAAAGCCCCCUAAGGAAAAAGAAGUCCUCGCAUCCGAAUCGGCUCCGGAGACAGAGAUCGAAACCACUCCAACAGAACAACUGCGCGAAUAUUCCAUCGUUUACCCAAAGUUUCCUUGCGAUAUCCCUGCAGCGUUCCACAACUAUUUUGGGCAUAAGGUCGGUGUGGGCGGGAUGCAGGAUUUUGAAAAGGACAGGUCGAGAAAGCAGCAAUUCUCUGAUCCGGAACGUGAAACUAGGCUUCAGAAUAUUUCGCUACAACAAAAGGAACUUAUGGAUGUAAUCGCGUUCUGCCUGGAUAUGCCGUACAAUGAAAUCGAAGCCGGCUAUGUAGAUUUUGCAGAGCACGUCGAACUAAUCGAGAGCCUGUUCCAAAAAGGGGGAAGAAAAUCGCUAUUCUUUAGUGUGCACAACUACCCAAAACCAACUUUUCAAGAUGCUAAGGAAGGUAAAACGGAUAAAUACGUGCAAAGGCAACAAGAAAAAAAACAUAGGGUUAUUGUGAGCAGUGGUUUCGACAAAAGAAAUUUCGAGAACGGAGUCGUCAUGGUGUAUAGGAUAAAAAAUAAUUUUCAGUUUGACCAGCGGUCAUUUCCUGAUGAGUACUACUUCGUCACCUUUAAGUUGAAUCCACACACGCCAAAUCAACUCUCGGGUAUUUUCCAUUAUUUGGAAAAGAUAGCAUAUCCAAACGUGAAGGCUACUUCUGACUGGGGAGAGCUCAUGAAGUCAUACAAUGGUCCCUGGCAGAAAAGAAAUUUCCUUCUCACACUCAACGACUUCGUCAACUUUCUUUCAAAAUCUCAGAAAGAUUGUGAUAACUGCAUAAUGUUCCAUGUGGACCCGGAAAUUGUGGAAGAAGUCAUGGGGUCUCCCGAAGGAGUCAAGAAAGCCGUCGAAAAAGACGAACUCCUCGACAAAUUAGAGGUCGAAGUCAUGAGAUGGCUAUCAAAACUUGAAGCUGCCACUGUGCUAUCAGAAAAACUUAGAAGUGAGAGCGGCCUAGUAACUCCGAACGUAGAGCUUGGGUAUUGGCGCUACAUUCUCACCAUGUUCGACGGCAUACUGGCUUUUUCGCAAUCUACUGAAUGCGCAGCGUACGUUCGGCCCCUCAAGAAAGUUCAGUCGUCUGUUGCGGCACAAUGGGAACCGAGAAUAAACCAAUGUAGGCUAAUAAGACAAGAAGCAUUCGAAAAUGUUUCAUAUUUCAACAUCCUACGCGACUACUGGGAACGUCUGAGUAAGACCUACCCACCUGAUACUGCUCUCUACCUCCCUGGGUUCCUUUACGGCUUCAAGCAAAUGUUCCUCUACUCGCGUUACUACAACACGACUAACAAAGCAGGGCAAUUUAUCAAAAAGAUCACGAAUUUGAUGCUUAAAGUAUGUUUGAACUUUAUAACCGAUGAUAAUCAGCAUUCGAUAUGGACUAUGAAAAAGUCGGAUGUUAUUAGCAAAAUAAACGAAUGUCUUUUGUUUUAUGAAAAAUACGUCCUCAUAUACGAUGACUGCGUGCAACAAAUGAUAGCCCACCCUGAAGAAACCCCAUUUGGCUGUUCUAAAAUGUUUGUCUUCGGGAAAUUCGAAUCCUUCAAAAAACGCUUGCUAAAGAUAGUAGACCUUAUCCUUUCGAGAAUCCAGUACUCGAUAUUGGACUCGUCCAAAAUUGAAGGCAUAGACAUAUUUUCCCGACACAUUAAAGAUUUUUACAACUACAUGACGGAACAGCGAUACGACCCUUUGGACCAUCGAGAACCAAGAUUCGAUGCUGAUUACGACGAUUACCUCAAGAAGCUGGGUAACGAAGAGCAGGCCUUGCAGAGGUUCAUGAUCACGACACUCGACACUAUGCCUAGUAUGACCUCUUGGAUUCACAUGCUAAACCGAUUUGAAAAAAUCAAUCUGGCUUGCUUCAACUUUGAAGAAGCAAUAUAUAACGUUUUGUUUCUAUACCUCGAUGAGAUGGAAAGAGUAAGGGAUAUCUAUAACAAGUUCAGGGACAAGCCAAUACUGCCUAGAAUCAUGCCUCCAAUGUCAGCGAGGAUAAUGUGGAUAAAAUCUUUAACAGCAAGAAUAGAAAACCCUAUGCUGAUAUUCAAGAAAUACCGCAGUAGUAAUUUGCCAUUAUUGACCCAAAAGACGACAAUUUACUACAACUCGCUCAUGGAGACGUUCAUAUUUUAUGAAAUGCUCCACCAAAAGGCAGUCUUCAAAAAGUACUACGCUGUAAGUUCUGUAACUCCCAGGGUCAGGAGACGGUUAGUAAAAUCGGAUUGUUUUCAGAUUGAAAAAGCGCUCAACAACCCCCUUCUUCUAUACAACAAGAAGGAUGGAUUCCAGAUCAACUUCCACCCAUGCAUAAGAGAGCUCCUCAUGGAGUUGAAGCACUUCUGUAAAUUUGGCUUGAAGAUUACCGAUCUUCAGAAGAUGCACCUACUCUUCAAAGACGAGAUGCUUUACGGGCACGAACAUCUCCGCGACCUCAUGAAGAAAUACGGUGAAAUUAUAUCGAAUGUUCCUCAUUUAUUCUGUAACCUGGUCAAGCCUUUGCUGAUAAAUUUGGAAAAGUGCUUCGAACCGUGCUUGAAAAAGUUGAUGUGGACAUCGUUAGGGUUAAACAGGACUCUCAACAAGAUAGCCAACAUACUGGACUCUGCAGAAAGAUUCAUCAAAGAGGCGAACGAUAUUAAAGAGACGAGGAUAGACGCCUCUUUGUCUUGCAUCGAGAAUAUGUCGUUUAUCUUCCUCACGACCGAGGUACACGACCACCACAAGCUCCUUCGGCAAAACCUCGGCCUACAGCAGCGAAUCCUCGAUGUACUGCAGAUAAGGUCUGAGAAUCUUGAGGUGACCGUUCUCGACCUGAUCAAUCGAUUUGUCAGCAAAGCAGAGAUCAAGCAAAUUGACCCGGUGAAGCGCUAUUACUGGUAUCAUUCGAACAAGAUUAUCAUCAAGUCUAGCUCCGUUACGGAUGUCUUAGUGACUCCGGACGUAAUCAAAGCAAGACCCACGAUACCAACUACAGACCAGUACAGAGAAGACUGCAUGGAACUGUUCAACUAUUUCAAUCAAAGAAGAGUUGAAGCGAUGUCGAAGGCCACUAAAAAUUCAUUAGAAACGUUGAUUUCAAGAGUGCCGAGACACGGAACAAAGAAGAUCAAGCCAAUGUUCACAACGUCCAUAGUCCUCCAAAAGCCGAACAUCAUUAUAAAGCCCUCGAUGGACGAGAUGCAGACCACAGUGAACAAGAUAGUCGCCGGUGUGCUGCGGGUAUCGAGGGACCUGCGGCCGUGGGGAUAUCACCACCUCUUGCCGGGCAAGUUCCGCGGCAACACGCUGGCCAAUCUCAACUUUGGGGAAGUCAAGGAAACGGAGAUAUUCCAGACCGGGCUGAUCGAACAGGCCGAUCACAGGAUAACGGAGAUGCCCGAAAUUACAGAUGAAGAGGUCGACCUGCCGGCUCUUUCUCAGAGCCAGACGCAGGUCUUCGACAAGCGCGGGCGGCCGCUGGUCAGUCUUUACAGAGCCGUCAACACUAAUAAGGACGUCGUGAGGCAAGUGGUCUCCCUUCAGUCCAUCUUCCACACCGUUGCACCGGAGCUCGAGGAGAAACUCAAGCAUCUUUAUAUGUUUGAGCAACUAUGGCUAGAAGACAAAAAGGUGCGAAUAGCACGUUUCUUACGGCGCAAACCGGCUUCAUGUCAUGUAAGAGAGAAAUUCGUCGAAUACGACAAACUGGAAGAGCGCAUCAACGCACUGCCGACUCAGGUCGAUGUGAUGCCUUUGGAAAUUACAUUCGACAAUUUCAACAACGCUUUGUUGAACGAAGUGCAACACUGGAGAGAGACGCUCGGUGACGGCUUGAAAAUCGAUUUUAGAAAGAGGGCGGACGAUCUUUCGGCUUUUCUAAUGGAACAUAUCGCGGUGUUGGAAAAACCUGUGAAGGAUCUGGCGAGCGUGAGAAUAGCUAUGGCUUGUCUUGAAGACAUCAGAAACAACUUUGUGGAAAUUGACCAAGAGCUUGACCUUAUCGAGGAUGUAUAUUCCAUUUUAUCAAGAUACGACAUCGAAAUCCCAUUGGAAGAUAUGGAAAUCACGUACAGUUUAAGACCUAACUUCAAACGCAUGCAGAAAACAGCACUGCAACUACAAGAACUACUCUGUAGCCUGCAAGAGCCGAUGAGGAGAGAACUUCUAAGAGGGGUGGCCAAAUUCCAAAAGGAAGUAGACGAUUUCGAAGUGGAGUUCGACGUCAAUGGUCCGAUGGUUGAAGGCAUUCCUGCCAAAGAAGCUAGCGACAGAGUGUUGUUGUUUCAAGAUCAUUUUGAUCAACUGUGGGAUAAGUAUUUGACCUUUAGCAGCGGUGAGCGACUGUUCGGACUUCCCGUCAAAGAAUACCCGACGCUAAUCGCCAAGAAGAAACAAUUCAAUUUGCUAACCAAACUCUACGGACUCUACCUGCUUGUUAACAAAACAAUUGACGGGUACUUCACAAUCCCCUGGGCCAAGUUGAAUAUAGAAAAGAUCAACGAUGAACUUCUCGACUAUCAGAACAGAUGUCGCAAACUACCAAAGGGCAUGAAAGAGUGGCCGGCUUUUAAAGAACUUAAAAAGAAAAUUGACGACUUCAACGAGAGUUGCCCUCUGCUCGAGAUGAUGCUUAACAAGGCGAUGAAGGACCGCCAUUGGGAGCGUCUCGAGGCCCUGCUCAAUGUCAAGUUCGAAGUGGACUCGUACGACUUCACCCUAGGGCACGUUAUGGAAACCAAACUUCUUGAUCAUAAGUUUGAAGUCGAGGAUAUAUGCGUAAGUGCCAUCAAAGAAAAAGAAAUUGAGGCGAAGCUAGGACAAGUUCAGGCAGAAUGGAAGAAUGUCAAAUUAGAAUUCGCACACUUCAAGAACAAAGGAGAACUGCUAAUCAAAGGUGCAGAGACAAUGGAAAUUAUCGCUUCCUUAGAAGACAGCAUGAUGGUUCUCAACUCACUCGCUUCCAAUCGGUUCAACAAGCCGUUUAAAAAAGAAAUUCAGCAAUGGGUUUACAACUUGUCUACCACCGGAGAGGUCCUUGAAAUGUGGCUAAUGGUACAGAAUCUUUGGAUUUACCUUGAAGCUGUGUUCGUCGGUGGUGAUAUAGCUAAGCAAAUGCCCACGGAAGCCAAACGAUUUGGGACAAUCGACAGAAUGUGGGUGAAAAUAAUGCUGCGAGCAAGGGAAAUCGUAAAGGUAAUUGAUGUUUGUGUGGGUGACAGCACUAUGACGACCACCCUGCCUUAUCUAGCCGAACAGCUCGAACUUUGUCAAAAAUCGCUUGUUGGUUAUUUAGAACAGAAGAGAUUGAUGUUUCCUCGGUUCUUCUUUGUAUCGGAUCCGGUCCUUCUCGAGAUCCUUGGACAAGCUUCCGAUUCACAUACAAUACAGCCACAUUUGCUUAGCGUGUUUGAAAACAUAGCGAAAGUGGCGUUUUCUCCUAAAGAGUAUGACAGAAUAAUCUCCAUGAUUUCAAAAGAAGGAGAAGAGGUGACUCUGGACCGUAGUAUUAUGGCUCAAGGUGGCGUUGAGCACUGGCUCGGCCUCCUCCUAAAAAUUUCAACUGCAUCAGUAGGCUCGAUUAUCGCCAACUGCUGGGAUUUUAUGAAUGAUCCAGAAUUUCGAGUUCUGAAGAUGCAGACCCGUUUCGUGGCGCAGGUCGGCCUCCUCGGACUCCAGAUGCUUUGGACGCGAGAGUGCGAGAGAGCGUUUCGAGAGUGGAAGUGGCGACCGGGAAUUAUGAAAAAGACCAACCGGUAUUUUUUGGCUAUUCUGAACUUGCUUAUCGAUCAGACGACGCGGGAUUUGAGCAAGUACGAUCGUGUCAAAUAUGAAACCCUUGUCACGAUUCACGUCCAUCAGAGAGAUAUUUUCGACGAUCUGGUCCAGAGGGAGAUCAGAAACCGAAGAGAUUUCGAAUGGCAGAAACAAGAAAGAUUUUAUUUUCACGAAGAAAUGGAGUACUGCAUCGUUAAGAUCACCGAUGUUGAGUUCAUCUAUCAAAAUGAAUUUAUGGGAUGUUCAGACAGGCUCGUCAUCACUCCUCUCACUGACAGAUGCUACAUAACCCUCGCGCAAGCUGUCGGAAUGUCAAUGGGUGGAGCUCCUGCGGGACCAGCUGGAACAGGAAAAACCGAGACAACCAAGGAUAUGGGGAAGUCACUAGGAAAAUACGUAGUUGUGUUUAACUGUUCCGAUCAAAUGGACUUCAGAGGUCUCGGGAGAAUUUUUAAAGGACUGGCUCAGUCUGGUUCCUGGGGCUGUUUCGAUGAAUUUAACAGGAUAGAACUGCCUGUACUGUCUGUCGCAGCUCAGCAGAUCUGUAUCUGUCUGAUGGCAAAGAGAGAGAAGAAGCCCUGGUUUAUAUUCAGUGACGGCGAUAAAGUAAAUGUAAAUAUGGAAUUCGGGAUUUUCAUCACGAUGAAUCCAGGUUACGCAGGCCGGCAAGAAUUACCAGAAAAUCUAAAAAUUAUGUUCCGGUCUGUUGCCAUGAUGGUUCCAGAUCGUCAUAUAAUCAUUAGGGUCAAGUUGGCCUCCUGCGGGUUCAGAGAGAACAUAGAUUUGUCACGUAAGUUUUAUGUUCUGUACCAACUUUGUGAAGAACAACUUAGCAAGCAAGUUCACUACGAUUUCGGUCUUCGCAACAUAUUGUCCGUGUUGAGAACAAUGGGGGCGCAGAAAAGGUCCAAUAAGAACGAUUCGGAAGAGGUUGUCCUUAUGCGAGUCUUGCGAGACAUGAAUCUGUCAAAACUUGCGGACGAGGAUGAACCCCUCUUCAUGGCUCUAAUCGAAGAUCUUUUCGUGGGUUUGAAAUUAACUUUCUCAACCUACAAAGAUCUCCAAGCGGGAAUACUACAGACAUGCCAGAAACAAAUCCUAACCAAUUGGCCUUCAUGGAAUUUGAAAAUCGUUCAGUUAUACGAAACUUCCUUGGUACGGCACGGACUGAUGACAAUGGGUCCGACUGGUUCCGGCAAGACCACCUGCAUCAAAGUCUUAUGCACGGCUUUCGGACACAUUGGAAGGCCUCACAAAGAAAUGAGAAUGAAUCCAAAGGCUAUAACUGCUCCCCAAAUGUUUGGACGACUUGACGUAGCGACUAAUGACUGGACUGAUGGAAUUUUUUCGACUCUAUGGCGUAGGUCUCACAAGAUUAAACCUGAUGAGAACGUAUGGAUAGUGCUUGACGGGCCCGUAGACGCUGUAUGGAUCGAGAACUUAAAUUCUGUGUUGGACGAUAAUAAGACCCUUACACUAGCCAACGGCGAUAGAAUUGUAAUGGCACCCAAUUCAAAGCUAGUCUUUGAACCUGACAACGUCGAUAACGCCUCUCCUGCUACCGUAUCCAGGAUGGGAAUGGUUUACCUAUCAUCAUCAGUCCUCCCUUGGAUGCCCAUAAUGGAUGGAUGGUUGAAAAAAAGAAGAACGAUAGAAUCGAAAACGUGGAAACCUUUGUUCGAUAAAAUAUACGACGAUGCACUUACCUUCGUCCAGACAAAGUUGAAAGCAAAAAUGAAAAUCUUGGACGCCCUGUACAUCAGGCAGACUUGCGAUUUACUCGACGGAUUGGUACCUGCAAUUACUAAAGAAGAAAGUGAAAAUCCUGUGGAGUUGACUGAAGGUAUGCUUGAAAAGUAUUUUCUAUUUGCGUUAAUGUGGAGUCUAGGGUGUGUGCUUGAACUUGAAGAGAAAAAAAAGCUGGAAACCUUUUUCCUUGAUCACAAAUCGAAAUUGUCUUGGCCGGAGUGCAAAGGAGAACUAACUAUUUUCGAAUUUCUUGUUGACGAGGACGGCACAUGGAUGAAUUGGCUGAUGAGGGUAGAAGAGUAUAACUACCCCGAAAAAUAUGUGCCAGAGUACGCUUCAAUUUUGGUGCCUAACGUUGACAACGUAAGGAUGACGUUCUUGAUUCACACAAUAGCCAAACAACACAAGGGCGUCCUGCUGAUCGGAGAGCAAGGAACGGCAAAAACGGUCAUGAUCAAGGGUUACAUGCAAAGUUACAACCCAGAAGAACAUCUGAAGAAAAGCUUGAACUUUUCUUCAGCUACCACUCCUAACAUGGUUCAGAGAAUAGUGGAAAGCUAUGUCGACAAGAGAGUUGGUAUGACUUACGGUCCUUCGAACAACCGUAAGAUGACUGUAUUCAUUGACGACAUAAACAUGCCGGUGAUCAACGCAUGGGGUGAUCAGAUUACGAACGAAAUCGUGCGACAACUCAUGGAAAUGAAAGGGUUCUAUUCACUCGAAAAACCAGGAGACUUCGUUACGAUCCAAGACAUUCAGCUGAUAGGUGCUAUGAUACACCCGGGUGGUGGCCGUAACGACAUACCCCACAGACUUAAACGACAAUUCAAUAUUUUCAACUGCACACUACCUUCGAUGAAUUCCAUGGAUAAAAUUUUCGGCGUACUUGGAAAAGGAUAUUUCUGUGCUUCUCGUUUUAAACCUGAAAUAGUUGCAUUUAUACCCAAACUUGUCCCUCUCACAAGGAUUCUCUGGACGAAGACGAAGAGCAAAAUGCUUCCUACGCCGGCUAAAUUCCACUAUGUGUUCAAUCUUAGGGAUCUCUCGAGAAUCUGGGAGGGCAUGUUAACUAUCCAAGAUCCAGAACUUCCAAACCUUGAAGUACUCAUGCAUCUUUGGAAACAUGAAUGCACUCGAGUGAUAGCAGAUAGAUUUGUUAGCGCGGACGACCACAAAUGGUUCCAGAUUACAAUGGUGAAAGUUGUCCACGACGUACUGCUUAACCCCAUAAUGGAAGAAUUGAGGCAGAAAGCUGAAAAAGAAGAAGAUAUCGUCGCGCCGUUUAAGUUCGAUUCAACGGAAACGUAUUUCGUCGAUUUUCUACGAGACAUGCCUGAACCGACAGGUGACGAACCAAGCGAUGAACCAUUGACUACUCCUAAAAUUUAUGAAGAAGUUCCAAGUUGGGAAUUUUUGAAAGAAAAGCUAUUACAAUACAUGGAAUCUUUCAAUGAAGUGGUAAGGGGUUCGAAAAUGGAUCUCGUAUUUUUUCACGAUGCAAUGGUCCAUUUAAUGAUUAUAUCAAGGAUAAUACGCACACCGAGGGGGAGCGCUAUACUCGUGGGUGUCGGUGGAUCUGGUAAACAGUCUCUUACAAAACUAGCAUCGUUUAUCGCUGAGUAUAAAUAUCACCAGAUCAUAUUAACAAGAAUUUAUAACGUUCAGAAUUUCAUGGACGAUCUAAAGUAUUUAUACAGGACAGCAGGAGCACAAUUGCAAGGUAUAAGCUUCAUAUUUACGGACAAUGAAAUUAAAGAUGAGGCGUUCCUGGAGUAUCUAAAUAACAUUCUGAGUGCCGGCGAAGUUGCAAAUUUGUUUGCGAAGGACGAACUUGAUGAAAUUACGUCCGAUCUAGUCCCGGCAUUUAAGAAAAAGUAUCCCAGAAAGGCAGCUACGAAUGAUAAUCUUUAUGACUUUUUCAUAUCCCAGUCUAGACGGAAUCUCCACAUUUGUUUAUGUUUCUCUCCUGUUAGCGAAAAAUUCAGGUCCCGAGCAAUGAAAUUCCCCGGCCUGAUUUCUGGAUGCACCAUGGAUUGGUUCUCGAGAUGGCCGCGAGACGCUUUGGUAGCGGUAUCACAACAUUUCCUGGGGAACUUCCCUAUAAUAACCACACCUGCGACGAAGCAAGCCUUAAUAGAGCUAAUGGGCCAAGUUCAAGACCAGGUAGCAGAUGCUUGCAUAGAUUAUUACGACAGGUUCCGACGAAAAUCUUAUGUGACGCCGAAGUCCUUCCUUGCCUUCCUGGUUGCCUACAAAGAGAUCUAUUCAAAGAGGCACGCGCAUAUCGAAAAACUAACUCUUCAAAUGAGCAACGGUCUUCUUAAAUUGGCAGAAGCCGCAGAGGGUGUUGCCCUGCUGAAAAAAGAACUGGAAGAAAAUGAAAGGGAAAUAGCAGAAGCUAACGCAGCGGCGGAACUUAUACUCCUCGAAGUGACAGAGGCUGCCAAACAGGCUGCAAAAGUUCAGGCGGAAGUCAGAUUGAAAAUGGAGAGGGCGAAUGAACUUGUAAAGCAGAUCGCAAAGGACAAGAUAGAAGCAGAGCGACGCUUGUUGAAAGCAAAGCCCGCUCUCGACGCAGCAGCUGCGGCGUUGCUCACAAUCAAACAGGCCGAUAUUGCGACGGUCCGAAAACUAGGUAGUCCGCCCUAUCUCAUCACAGUCAUCAUGGACGCUGUGUGCAUACUUUUUAACAAGAAAAUCAACUAUCCGCUCAAAAUAAAUCCCGACAAAGGUUUUAUAGUACCGAACUGGGGAGAGGCCUUCAAAGUAAUGGCAGAAGUCAAAUUCUUGGACAAUUUACUGACUUUCCCAAAAGAUAAUUUGACAGGCGAAACUAUAGAUUUGUUGAUACCGCAUUAUCGCUAUCCCAACUUCAAUUUCGAAAUGGCAAAACAGGCUUGCGGUAACGUAGCAGGUCUUCUGAAAUGGGUUGUCGCCAUGGGCCAAUUUUACAACAUUAACAAGGACGUGUUGCCGCUGAAAGCCAACUUGAAAAUGCUAGAAGGAAGGCUAGAUAGGGCUAAAGCAGAACUCGCGAAAGCAGAGGCUCUUCUUGCAGAAAAAGAACGAGAAUUGAGGGCGGUUCAAGAGCUUGCAGCAGCGGCUCUCAAGACGAAGAGAGAUCUUCAAGCUAAGGCCGAUCGUUGCAAAAAGAAGAUGCAAGCAGCCACUGACCUCAUCAGCGGCCUUGCCGGAGAGCAAAUUCGUUGGACACAGCAGCUCAUUCUUUUCAAACAGGAAAUAGAGCGACUUAUCGGUGAUGUACUUCUAUUAUCAGGGUUUCUGUGUUACACUGGACCAUUCAAUCAAGAGUAUAGGUUAAAUAUGCAAAAUCAAUGGUACGACGAAUUGCUUAAUUUGAAAAUUCCAGUAACCAAAAAUAUCGAUUAUGUCGAUUGUCUCGUCGAUGCUGCAAUCAUAGGAGAAUGGAACAUAGAUGGACUGCCAAACGAUGAACUUUCAAUUCAAAACGGGAUAAUUGUAACUCAAGCUUCACGCUACCCGCUUCUCAUUGAUCCCCAGAGUCAGGGAAUCACAUGGAUCAAGAAUAAAGAAAGCAAACACGACCUUAUGGUCACGACAUUAAAACAUAAGUAUUUCAGGCAACAUCUCGAAGAUGCUCUUGCUUUGGGAAAACCACUUCUGAUCGAGGACAUAUUCGAAGAGCUCGAUCCAAUUUUAGAUAAUGUUCUUGAAAAGAAUUAUAUCAAGAUUGGUACUUCUAUAAAAGUCAAACUGAGCGACAAAGAAUGUGACGUAGUACCUGGAUUUAGGCUCUACAUAACUACUAAAUUAGCGAAUCCUUCUUACUCCCCUGAAAUAUCCGCAAGAACGUCUGUAAUAGAUUUCACCGUAACAUUGAAAGGUCUCGAAGAUCAGCUACUAGGCCGUGUGAUCCUUAAGGAGAAAUGCGAGCUUGAAACGGAAAGAACAAAUUUAGUAAAGGACGUCACAUACAUGAAACGAAAAAUGAUAGAAUUAGAAGCCAAUCUUCUCAACAAACUGAACAGCGUCAAGGGAUCACUGGUCGACGAUGAGACUGUCAUCGAAGUGCUCAACAUCACCAAAGACACGGCUGCGACUGUACAACAGAAGCUCAACAUCGCCUCGGAAACAGAGAAAAAGAUCAACCUGGCAAGAGAAGAGUACAGACCUGUAGCUAAACGAGGCAGUGUUCUUUACUUUUUGGUAGUCGAAAUGUCUCUAGUCAACUGCAUGUACCAAACAUCGUUGGUGCAAUUUUUGGAGCGAUUUGAUCUUUCUAUGAACAUGGCUGAACAAAACGUGUUUGUUGGGAAAAGAAUUCAGGCAAUCAUCGACUACUUCACCUAUGACAUAUUCAAGUACAAGAGCCGAGGUCUGUACGAAACGCACAAGUUCCUCUUCGUGCUUCUCAUGGCUCUCAAGAUUGAUCUCUCGGGUGGUAACAUCACUCACAAAGAGUUUCACACGUUCAUCAAAGGAGGUGCCGCCCUCGACCUCAACGCUGUACCACCGAAGCCACACUUUAAAUGGAUCACCGACACGACCUGGCUCAACAUCGUUCAGCUCACAGAAAUCCCGACAUUCACGUUCUUAAUAAACCAGAUUACUCAUAACGAAAAAGCUUGGAAGCAAUGGUUUGAAAAGGAAGCCCCUGAAGAAGAAAUUCUGCCCGAGGAUUAUGAAAAACGAGACAUAUUCAAGAAAGUACUGUUGAUUAGGACUAUGUGUCCCGACCGAAUUUUCGCCCAGUGCAAAAAGUACAUAGCAUCGUCCCUUGGUGAGCCAUACACAGAAGCCGUGAUUCUUAAAAUAAACACACUUAUCGAUGAAUCUCGACCAAAUACACCUAUGGUUUGCUUUUUGAGCAUGGGAUCCGACCCGACGCCGUUAAUUGAAACUACAUCGAAAAAAUACGAGAUGAAGCUGCAUCCUCUUUCAAUGGGACAAGGCCAGGAAGUACACGCCAGAAAAAUAAUGAGCUGGUGCAUGACUGAGGGUGGAUGGGUUUUGCUACAAAACUGCCAUCUGGGAUUAGAUUAUAUGGCAGAGAUUUUCAUCUUACUGACCGAAACAAAGGAAUUCGAACCGAGCUUCCGGCUCUGGUUGACGACAGAAGUUAAUGAAAAGUUUCCUAUAAACCUUCUUCAGAUCAGUCUCAAAUAUACAAACGAGCCUCCUCAGGGAAUGAAAGCGGGCUUAUUAAGAACGUACAGCUCUAUGCCUCAAGAAACUCUAGACUAUACACAUCUUAAACAAUAUCAUCCAUUAAUCUAUGCUAUUUCAUUUAUGCACACUGUCGUACAAGAAAGACGUAAGUUUGGACCUCUUGGCUGGAAUAUCCCAUACGAAUUCAACUUUUCUGAUUGGAACGCAUCCAUACUUUUCAUCCAAAAUCAUCUCGAUUCUAUGGACAAGACUGUCGGCGUUGACUGGGCUUGUGUCAGGUAUAUGAUCGGAGAGGUGAUGUAUGGAGGCAGAGUUACGGACGAUUACGACAAACGACUUUUACUGACUUUCACAAGGGUUUGGCUGAAACAGGCCCUAUUUGAGGAUAAAUUCAUGUUUUACCCUGGUUAUGGCGUCAUGAAAUACAAAAACACAAGCGAAUAUGUUAACGCGAUAUCAAAAAUGUCGAGCGCAGAUCCUCCGCCGGUUUACGGCUUGCACAACAACGCCAACAUAACGUUUCAAACGAAUUCGAUAACAGCAGUGCUGGAUACGAUUUUGAACAUCCAACCUAAAGAGUCUGGUGGCGGUGGUGGGGAAACGAGAGAGUCUGUAGUCGGAAAGCUUGCAGACGAAAUGUUACAUAAAGUGCCGAAGAACUAUGACCCAUAUGAGGUCAAAGCAAGAUUAAAAGAGAUGGGCGCUAUAAACCCCAUGAAUAUUUUCCUCAGACAAGAAAUAGACAGGAUUCAAAAAGUAAUUUCUCUAGUGCGAACUACUCUCAUUGACCUCGAACUUGCUAUAGAAGGAACAAUCAUCAUGAACGAAGCGCUGAGGGACGCUCUCGACAAUCUAUACGAUGCUAGGGUACCGGCUAGUUGGAGCAAAGUUUCCUGGGUAUCAUCAUCCAUCGGAUUCUGGUUUACCGAAUUUCUCGAGAGGAAUCACCAGUUCUCUACUUGGAUUUACAACGGGCGGCCCAUCACCUUCUGGAUGUCGGGUUUUUUCAACCCGCAGGGCUUCCUCACCUCCAUGAAGCAGGAGGUCGCCCGGGCGCACAAAGGCUGGGCACUCGACUUCGUCUCCCAUCACAACUCCGUGCUCAAAGUUGACAAAGACGGCCUCAAAAACCCGCCAUCGGAGGGCGUUUACGUAUAUGGCCUCUUCCUGGAAGGUGCCGGCUGGGAAUUAAGAAACGACAGGCUCACAGAAGCUGUACCGAAAGUACUUUAUGCAGAAAUGCCAGUAAUUCAUAUUUUUGCGAUCAACACUCUUGCUGCUAAAGAUCCAGAAUUAUAUCAGUGUCCCGUUUACAAAAAGCCGAGAAGGACUGGGCUGAAUUUCAUAGUACCACUUUGGCUCGAAUGCAAAUACACCCCAGAUCAUUGGAUAAUGAGAGGGGUCGCUCUACUGUGCGACGUGAAGUAAAGAGAUAACAAAAAUUACAAUUAAAAAAAAAAUCAAUAGCGUGGUAAAUUGCCAUAAAAAAUACAAAUUACUAUA